CCUCAACCCCCCAAGAUGCCGAUUCACGUGCGGGUCCGAUAGAGGCGUAUUACCUCACGUACCGCCUAUGCUACAACGAACGAGAAACGUCAUCGGCUGGUCCACCUCAGCAAUUGCAACUGAUCAGCUUUCGUACUGUGGACAAGCAGCUCGGCAGGGAUACGCCCACCGAAGGGAGGUGACAGCUCCCGUAAGGUGGAGGUCUUCAUCCGCCACGAGACAACGUUUAAAGCAAUGGACAAUAAGAUCGCUACCCUGCAGGCCGAGAUCAGCACACUACAGGCCGCCAACAGUCAGCAACAGACAAUCAACGACCAGCUGCAGUCCGAUGUCAGCACGAGGUUGGCACGACCGUCGGCAGUUGCGUCGACGGGCAGCGUAGUGGCAGACUGCAACCCAGCCUUGGCCGCACAGGCCAAGCAACUCGAGGAGCGGAUCAACCACGUGGUCACAUCCCUCGGUGACAUCAGCAAGUUUGCUGGAGCGUCGACAGUCAGCAAUCAGCUGCAGACGCUCAGCGACCACGUUCAGCAACGAGCGGCCGUCGUCGCCAAGGAAUGGAAAAUGCCGAACUUCAAGAUCGAGAAGUUCGACAACUACCACAAGACUGAUCCGCUGCAAUGGUGGAUGGCAUUCAACGCAAAGGCGGACGUGCAUCACACUCCACCACUGUGGCGGCUUGACGCCCUCUACCUCCAACUCAUUGGAGGGGCGCAGGCCUUCAUGACGCACAUGGCGGUCACAUUGGAAUGUACCAUCGCCACCUUCCACACCAAGAUCACAUGGGAGGAAUUCGAGAAGAAAUGGAAGACCCGGUUCAUGGUCAACAAUGACAAGCGUCACGCCUUGAACAAGAUCUUCCGCAUGUUUCAAGGCCAACAACCUUCAUGGGAGUGGAUGACGGAGUGGCAAAGACUUGUUGCAGUACCACCUCCGUCAACGGACGGCGGAGUAGCGGUUGUUGACCUUCUUGUGAAGAUCGACCGCGAGCACGCAAAGCAACGGUACGUCGACAUCGACGCGCCGCUCCUCUACAUCCGCAUUCAGAUCGGAAAGGCGACCUGUAGUGCCUUGAUCGAUUGUGGAGUGUCUCGCAACUACAUCAGCCAAGACUUCAUGGCACGCGUCGGGCUUGGCCCGCGCGUUCGAAGGAAAAGUCAGCCUACGCAUGUCACGUUGGCCGAUGGUCACAUGCAAAAGUCAAUCGACCGAUGCGUUGACUCGGUGCCCGUGUACUUUGCCCCGCUAGCAUGCGAGGCCGUAUCAUUCGACAUAUUGGACACUAAGUUCGAUAUGAUCUUACGCAUGUCGUGGCUGCAAAGCGAAGACCAUCCGGUGAACUUCUAUCGACGCACCGUUCACGUUCGUGACCGGCGUGGCGAAUUAGCCCUCCACGGCGUUCCGGAAGACAUCGUCAGCGACCGCGACACUCGUUUCAUGUCAGCCUUUUGGACGACACUCAUGGUGGAAUCCGGCACCAACAUGAAACCGAGUUCCGCACGGCAUCCUCAAACCUAUGGGCAAACGGAACGUGCGCACCAGACUGCGCAGAUGAUGCUCCGCACACUCAUCCGCCCGGAUCAUAAGGACUGGGUUGACCGCCUUCCCGACAUCGAGUUCGCCUACAACACUUCGGUGCACCUGGCGAUUGGUGUGACUCCAUUCGAGUUGCAUCACGGUGGACGGAAAGGACGUAUCUUCACAGACAUUUUUCUCCCAUGGGCUGCCGAUAUCGACACCGCUUGCUCCCCCGCUUCGACACGGAAGUACAGGGAACUGCUGGCCAAAGCCCGCGCAAACAUGCAAAAGGCUCAGGCCCGGAUGCUGGCUUUGAUUACCGAAGCCAAGAGACGGGCGGAUGAGGUAGCAGCCGCAAAAAAGAAGAAGGCAGAGGAUGCCGAGAAGGCACGUCUGUUGGCAAUCGAACAGCAGCGCCAGCAAGACGAGGCAGCAGCAAAGGCUGCUGAUGAAGAACGAAAUCAACGAAGCGACAAGAUAUUCAACGGAGAGCGAGCUUUGCUCACAAUGGCAGCGGACUGGCGAGCCGAGGCCGAGAAUGCAGCUGGAGCAAUGACCCGUGAUGCCAGCUCCUCCAACACCUCCGAUCGCCUCAAUGCAUUGGAGAUCGACGUCGGAACCCUCAAGGACGACGCGCAGCUACAGCAAACCACCACACAACAACUGGAGCAACGAAUCUGUGCUGCCGCCGCCAACCCGAGUUCGGCACCGCGCGAGACGACUCCAAAGUUUGAUGGUCAGAAGAUAUUUUGCGAUUCGACGAAGACGGACCCGAUUCCGUGGUUUCGCAAGUUCGAGCUCAAGUUGCAGCUACACCACGUCAUCAAGGACAAGCAUCAAGCGUACUUAUACUCCCGGUCGGGGGGCGCGUACCAAGCAUGGUUGGACAAUCUCUUGUCCAAGCCGCGCAAAUCAUUGUCACGAACAAGGAGGCCAAGAACCUCAACCGUUCGUCUGCGACAGGCCCGAGCAGAGAUCAGCAUCGACCGAAAGUGGUCGUGGUCGCGGCGGCAACGCCAACCGACCCUUCUAGCGAGGCCGUGUCUGCCAAUGCAAGUGACAGACUCGCAGCCGCCCGGGAUGGUGGCCGCCCCGACAAAGGCCGAGGACGCGGCAAGACGAAGACAAACACCACAUCUAUCCCUGGGCCCGGCGCAGCAGCUCCAGCCCCAUGGACCCACUACGGCCUCUCGGAGCAAGCCUACAAGCAACGCACGAGAUUCCACUAUUGUCUGUGGUGUAACAACGAUCUCCACGACACAGUGGGCUUCUCGUCGAAAGGCAAAGGCCGGGAAACUGAGCACUGCCGGGAGUGAAUCGACGACACUCUCGACGUCUUCGGAACCGGUCGCGUCGCGGGUGACCACCCUUCGUUCCAAGGCAUAUGAGGAAGUCGAUAGUCCUUUUCUUCUAUAUUCUUAUGAGGACUAUGCUGCCCGGCUCAUUCCUAUGUUGGGUACUCAUGCUCAAGGACAACACGUGAGUGCGGCAUCUUCCCUGUCCGGCAGCGGCAACUUAUCGUCUUCAAGUGGUUCUUCACGGGAUUCGGCACGUGAGUUCAACAUAGAGGUAUUGGACUCGCUCACGUCCGAGGAUUUCGCAUGGCUUCCUCUCCCGAUCAUGGGCCGUUUGCCGGGACCGCAAUGCGCAGCAUUAUGCACUCAUAUUCACACGUAUUUAUCCUUCUAUGCACCACCAACUUCGCCGAAGGAGGACGAAGCUGCGGUGGGGGACAUCCUUGCGUAUGUUACCAGGGUGGCCUGCGAGUUUCGCAAUCAGCGGUACGAUGACAACAACGCACCGCUCCUCUAUGUCCGCAUCCAAGUUGGGCAAGUGUCCUGCAGCGCUUUGCUGGAUGGCGGCGUGUCUCGCAAUUUCAUGAGCCAAGCCUUUAUGCAAAGGGAUGGCCUUGGCGCACAAGUUCGGAGGAAGGCAAACCCGAUGACGAUCAAGUUGGCGGACGGAAGGACGCAGCAACUUCUCGACCGCUACAUCGAGGUCGUACCGGUGUAUUGCACACCUCAUGCAUGCGAACCGGUGGCGUUCGACAUUUUGAACACGGACUUCGACAUUAUUUUGGGAAUGCCUUGGCUUGCAAGUGCGGAUCACACGGUCAACUUCCACCGGCGGACUCUUACCGUUCGGGACGCCUUCGGCGCCGAAAUGCCGUGUACUAUUCCUCUUCCGCACCCUUCGAUUCGGUGCCAGGUGGUGAUGGCCAAGUCAUUCCGGGCUACUUGCGCUUACGAGCAGCCCGACGAGAUAGGCCUAUGUUUCCUACGGACCGUCGCAGUAGCUAACUCUUCACCCACGGACUUGUCUUCGGACCCCCGUGUGGUGCGGUUGCUUGAUGAGUUCGCCGACAUCUUCGAGUCACCUACCGGUGUGGUGCCGGAUCGGUCGGUCUCUCACGAGAUCAUUCUUGAGGCCGGUGUCGUGCCACCGAAAGGUUGCAUUUAUUGCAUGCGCGAGGAGGAGCUUCCGGUCCUCCGCGCGCAACUCAAAGACUUGUUGGACAGGGGCUGGAUCCGCCCUAGUAGCUCCCCAUAUGGAGCACCAGUUCUCUUCGUGCGGAAGAAGAACAAGGAUCGACAAUUGUGGAUCGACUACUGCAAGCGUCAAGAAUGUGGGGCCUCUUCCUUGUAUCGACGAUCUUCUUGAGCGAUUGGAAUAUCAUCAGAUUUCGAUCAGGCCGAACGAUCGCUACAGAUCCGCGUUCAAGACACGGUACGGGCAUUUUGAGUG